CAGCCUUCCUCCCAGAAGAAAACGAUGUUGUUUUAACAGGCCUAAACGCCAUACCUAUACGCCUUUCAUCAAAUUAUGAAAUAGAAUUUUCACUGCGGUGACUGGAACAGAGAUUCAAACUGAGAUCGAUCAGAGUGUCAGAUUCCGAUUCUAGAUCUUGAGGAGCCAAAUUUUCUUCUUAUCUACAAUGCUUCGUUCAAUUAAAUUCAAUUUCUUCAUCCCAAUCUAUAUUGUCAUCUUCAUUGUUAGCAGCUCAAUCUUCAGUCAUGGGAAAAUGCUAGACGGCGCCGUUUUGAAUGUUGGAGAGGAGCUAAAGGCGGAAACUUUGCCGCUUAAAAUGGGUUCUCGAGUCUAUAAACUGCAAGAUCUGAAAUCAUUAACUUGGUACGAAGUGAAGAUCUCGUAUCCAGCUUCCAUUCCCGCUAGUUUUUCUUUGCAACUGAAGAAAGGGGAUUUAGAAUCUGGGUUAAACAGGAACAGAAGAUUGUUGAAUACAGAGAAGUUGAUAUUCAAGACUGAUAAUCUUGACUCCAUUAAUGAUCAGACGGUAUUCUUGAUCGAUAUGAUAGAGAUGUCGAACCAAUUCAGAACUGCAGUAUAUGACAAAUACAAUUAUAUUGGUAAAUUCAAUGAUUGGAUUGUUAAGAUAUUAAUCUACAAAAAAAGUUACGGAAGUCUGUAAAUCUACUUUAGUUUUACAUUAGGAUUAAAUCACUAUUUGGGGUCUGAACUUGGCAACUUCUCCUGCAUUGGUGCUUAAACUUAUUUUUUGUUCAAGUUAGACCUUGAACUUGGGCAAUUGUUCUCACAUUAGAGCCUGAACUAAACAACUAUUCCACAUUGAGGCUUGAACCUUUUUCUUUGUCCAAGUUAGUCCCUAAACUUGGCAAUUUGUCCCAUAUUGGGACCUGAACUUGGCAAUUACUCCCACAUUGGGGCCUAAACUCGAGGGUUUUCAAGGACUAACUUGAGCAAAAAGAAAGUUCAAGCCCCAAUGUGAGAAAAGCUGUCAAGUUCAGGCCCCGAAAAGUGAUUUAACCCUUUACGUUAAUGUAAGAUUGUAAGUGGAUUCUUCAUACACACACACACACACAGAGUAAUGCUAAAGAAGCUCGGUUUUGCUCAGGGCGGAUUGCACAUUUUGGUGACUGUGGAGCCCGAAGGUUUUGUGGCAAUACCCAACACAAAGGAAAGA